AUGGAGACAUGUUUGGAUGUGAAUUUGGGUGUUUUGUGGAUUAUGUGGUUGACGUUUUAUGUUCAGGAAAUCGGGAUAGUCAUCAAUCAUCAAGCGAAAGAGAUGAACUGUGGAAUUUUUAAGGACGAAGAAGUUUGGGUCAUCAUGGCAUCGAAACCGAAAUACAUUCCUGGCCUCAUUCUCAAAGAAAAGAUGCCAAAAGGAUUUGAAACUCAUGUUAGACAUUUUAUCACCAAUUCUAAAAGUGGGGGGAAUGUAUCCAUAGAUUCUGUUGAAACUCUUGUGGCCAAACUUAUAAAGGCUGAUGAACAUGUGAAAAAAUACCGUGGUAAAUUAGGCCAUCUGAAGAGGUUGGCGGAAAUAGAGGUGGACAGAUUGUUUACUGAGCUAUGUGAAAAGGAUUUCGAAGAGAUUGUUACGGGAAAAGGCGGAGAAACCCAUGGAGAGCCUGCUAUCAGAAAAGCUAUAAUUAAAUUUGCUGAAAAUGAGGGUUUUCAGUUGACACCAGAAAGUGGAAAUGACGGGGCUUUAAUGCUCACCAUGAACGAAAAGGUUCAAAAUUAUGAAGCCUUUAAAGCAAAUUGAUGGUGAUUAUAGUGUUAAACCAUAUAUGAAGGAAAUUUUUGGUUUUAAAAUUUAGCAAAGUUAAACAUAUUUGUUUCUACUCACUAUGUCAAGAUUGUAUUUUCUUGAGGGUUGGAUUAGUUUGCAUGUUAUUUCUGUUUCACAUAUAUACUCUUAGGCUAAAGGGAGUGGUAAGUUUCCUGAUUGAUCGUACCCUUUGGUCUUCAGCACUGAAAGGUACUUCUUUAGUGUACUCCUUUCUUUAGUGUACUUGCUUCUGACAUAAUAUUUGCCUAUACAUAGACCAGCCUUUUAAAACCUUGCAUGAUUUAGAACAAGUGUUUAAUCACAACUUUAAGCCUUUAACAAUUGAUUACUGAUACAGAUGAAAAUGGAGGCAUGGUUGACCUUCCAUAUCCCCAUCCCGAGUGUUUAAUUUCGUCCUCAUCAUCAUCCCUGAUGGAUGCGUGGAACCAAAUGCACUCUCCUUUAGAUUUUGGGUUUUUUGUUCCGGACCAUUACCGACCUAUCCGUGACAUCCUCGAUCUCUCAACAUAAUGAAAUCAACUUAUGAAAAAAAAAAAAAAAAAGUCUAGUUUAAUACAUGAUCAAAA